AGGAGUGUGAGGGAGUUAGUGACCUGCGGGAUUAGAUUAGAAAGAAGGAGGAGUAGGGAGGAGGAAGAGGAGGAGCUGCAGAUGGAGGAAGAGGAGGCGUCCUGUCCGUCUGUGUCCAGAGGAGAGGAGCGGCCGCCAUGUUAACCAAGAAGCCCGGAACCUCGGUCCUCCCGACGGGCAAAGCGGUCGAGCAGGUUUACUCUCCAGGUCACAGUGGCUCUCAGACAACGUCGCCUGUCGCACUGCCGCGACUUCGCAACAACAACCACCAUCCCCUGACGGGAGGCUCUAAAGCUGUCAUGUCGGACGCCGUCCAGCUGCAGUCUCAGUCGCAGGUCCAGAUCACCCAGCUGUACGAGGAGAACACCAACAAGCGUCCUGUCCUGACCUCCCAGCCCAACGGCCUGGCUCCUCUCAGCUCCGCCCGGCCGGGUCUGCCGCUGCCGGACCGCCAGACCUCGACCUCAGAGCCCCCCCACCACUGCCGGCAGAGCAGCGCCGCCUCCACCAAGUCGACGGACAGCAAGCCAAAGCCCACGCCGCUGACCCCGGAGCAGGCCAUGAAGCAGUUCAUGUCCAAGAUGUCAUCGUUCGAACACCAAGAGGUCUUCAGCUUCCCUGAAGUGUAUUUCGUUGGUCCAAAUGCUAAGAAGAGGUCAGGGGUCAUGGGAGGAGCCAACAACGGCGGCUAUGACGAUGAUCAGGGAUCCUACAUCCACGUUCCACAUGACCAAAUCUCCUACCGCUACGAAGUCCUUAAGGUCAUCGGCAAGGGCAGCUUCGGACAGGUGGUGAAGGCCUUCGACCACAAGUCUCAGACCCACGUGGCUCUGAAGAUGGUCCGCAACGAGAAGCGCUUCCACCGGCAGGCGGCAGAGGAGAUCCGCAUCCUGGAGCACCUGAGGAAGCAGGACAAGGACUCCAGCAUGAACGUCAUCCACAUGCUGGAGAACUUCACCUUCAGGAACCACAUCUGCAUGACCUUUGAGCUGCUCAGCAUGAACCUGUACGAGCUCAUCAAGAAGAACAAGUUCCAGGGCUUCAGCCUCCCGCUGGUCAGGAAGUUCGCCCACUCCAUCCUGCAGUGUCUCGACUCGCUGCACAAGAACCGCAUCAUCCACUGCGACCUCAAGCCCGAGAACAUUUUACUCAAGCAGCAGGGACGCAGCGGCAUCAAGGUCAUAGAUUUUGGUUCGAGCUGUUAUGAACAUCAGAGAGUUUACACCUACAUCCAGUCCAGGUUCUACCGAGCGCCAGAGGUCAUUCUAGGUGCCAGGUAUGGGAUGCCAAUCGACAUGUGGUCUCUUGGCUGCAUCCUGGCAGAGCUGCUGACCGGUUACCCACUGUUGCCGGGCGAAGACGAAGCAGACCAGCUGGCCUGCAUCAUUGAACUUCUGGGCAUGCCAAGCCAGAAGCUCCUUGACGCCUCCAAGAGAGCCAAGAACUUUGUGUCAUCUAAAGGAUACCCCCGGUACUGCACCGUCACCACGCUGCCCGACGGCACCACCGUGCUGAACGGUGGCCGCUCACGGCGAGGGAAGGUACGCGGCCCACCAGGCAGCAAGGAAUGGAGCACGGCACUGAAGGGCUGCGAUGACCCGCUGUUCCUGGACUUCCUCAAACAAUGUCUGGAGUGGGACCCUGCGCUCAGGAUGACACCCAGCCAGGCGCUGCGCCACCCGUGGCUGAGGAGACGACUCCCCAAGCCGCCGACGGGAACCACCACAGAGAAGACCUCCUCCUCUAAACGGGGCACCACCACCACCGACGGCGCCAUCACCUCCAUCUCCAAGCUCGCCACCACCUCCUCAACCACCACGUCCUCCUCCUCCAAAACCAGGACUAACUUGGCAGCGAUCACCGAUGCCAACGGAAACAUCCAGCCUCGGACGGUGCUGCCCAAACUGGUCAGCUGAGAGUGAACGCACCCCGCUCGCUGCAGUGGGAGUUGCCGCUCGUGAGCAAACCAGCUGGAACUAAAAUAAAACUGGUUUUGUCCAGUUUUGAAAAGCGUUUGUUUUAUUUCACGCUGGUUUUCACAGCGUUGUUGGGAGUGCAUUCAGGACAAACGCAGUGAGCUUCGGGGUGUUAAGAUGUGCAACAAACAGCCGGGCUGCGAUGUUCGCCGCACUGAAGGAUACUUUAUAGAUAAACCUGGGUGCGUUCAGACUCCUCAAAUUCUUAGAAACGGACACAUUGUGAGCAGGAAGUGACCACACGUUUAGGAUGAUGGCGGGGCUGCUCAGACAAUCAUCACUCUGUAGCUCCAAACACUCAGACACAUCCACAAACAUGGUGCUGACGGAGGGAACAAGGCUUUUUUAUGUUUCUACCACAGAAUCUUUUUAGCUGAGCUGAUUAAUCGACACCAAAAAUAACUUUGUAUGAUGUUAGUCUUACAGGGUUAUAUCUGCGGACAGUUGUUGGGUCAGAUACAGUCAGAUAUGUCCUUGUAACACUAAAAAAAAAAACAAUUAGCUUUCUAAACUGUGUUUCAUAUCACUAUGAAACAAUCCUGUUUUAUGUUUUAGUUUUGGGAUCAUCGGGGAGCAUUUCGUUGUUACUUUUGACUUAAAUUAUCACACGAUUAAUCAGAAAAACUAAUCCUAGCGACCCUGACUGAAGCAUCUACCUGUUAGCUUUGUGCCUGUCAGCUGGCUAACUGUUAACUGGCUAAUAACCACUGGUUAGUUGUGUUUAGGUGUCACUUUGCUACCUUUUAACCGGCUAGCAGUUAGCCUAGCAAACUUUAAAUCAGUCAGCUCGCUACAGCUGGCUCACUAUUUGCCUUUUUAUGGCAGUCUGGUGGCUAGCGUUAGCCUUUUCUUAGCCAUAGCCUGUUAGCUCUCCACUGCCCAGCCUUACGAAGCACAGACUUAGACUUUAUAAGUGUUUAUAGUUGUCUGAAGGUUCGUAGAGAAGAGGAGGGAGUCAAAACAAGUAUGUUUGGGUAAAGUCACGCCAUUUUGUUCCCUAUUAUUUAACCAUAUCUGAUUAUUCAGGAUGCAAAAUGGCCGAGGGAGCAAAGAGAAAAGAAGAAGGUAGAGUGAAGGCAGUUUAACAGACAGGUCAUAAAAUUAAAGGGCUCUAAUAUUUAAAAAAAAUGUUGGCAAGCAAAGUCUGAAAAAUGAACAGUAUGAACUGAAACAGCAGGUUAGCAUUUAAUUAGCCAAACUAAGUUCUGAUCCAAUGAAAUAUUAAUAUAUUUGGCAAGUCAUGAAUGCAAAAAAAAAUUAACAGUGUGGUAGUUGUCUGUGUACUUGACACACUACAACCAUUUUAAAUUAUUGCUUUUAUGAAUUAAUGUUAACUGAAAGAAGAGUAAAUAACUAUCAAGGCUAAUUCAUGUUUUAGCAUGCUAAUAAAACCCCAGGCUUUGGGAAAACACUUAGACACACAAAAAUCACGUCACAGCAGAGAGCAGCGUUUGUUUAGCUGUAAAAUGUGGAGGAAGAGGCGACCCAGCGUGCAGAGCUGAAAGUCACAGUGGCUCCAUUUCACAGCUUUAAAUCACAGAUGAAAUCAGUCUACAUGGAGCCUCUGUGUCUGAAUAAUAAAGAUCUUUUAUGACCGUUAGUAAACUUUAUGGAACAUGAGCUCAGUGUCACAUACAGCCUGAGGGCAUAACAUAAAGGACAACAAGAAGAGGUGUGCUGUUUGUAUCCGGAUACAUCAGUCUGGGUUAAACUGCAGCGUUUUGUCUCGCGUGUCAAACAGAGAGCCAAGAUUUUAAUUCCUACACUGGUUGAACGCCUCCUGAAGACGUGGCUUAAACUGAAGGUGAAGACUCAGACGAGGAAGUGUAAUUUUAUUUGGAAGAAAAACCUCCUGAGCAGCAUAUUUACAGUCUGCUGUCUCUGAGAGGAAGAAUCAGUCGCGUGAGGGUGCUCCGGCUUUAAUUCAGGGUUUCUUCUCAAGUAAUAAACAAUUUAGACACUAAACAUAUCCACUAAAACACAUAAUCAUUAAAACGGGUCCAGUCACAUCGGUAUGUGUCGCAGUCAGUUGUGAUACAUGUGUGCUUAAAUGUUUCAACUGACAUUAUUAAAAGAAAAUGCGAAUAAAUGUGCGUCUCCAUCCACUACCUUUAUGCUAAUAUUACAGCUAAUAAUAUUACGCUAAUGACAGUGGAUGCCGCUGUUUCUGCAGUCAGGUGUCAUUAAACUGGUGAAAAGAGAUGACGCAAAUAAAAGCGGUCCAAUACAGUGACAAACGAAUGUAAACAAUGUGGAAAACACAAAUGUUUACGAUGCAUGAAAAUCAAUUCCAGUAGCAUGACAUAUGAUAAAGAGAUAAUUUAAGUAAAAUCAGAAUGAACGUUCUGAUAAAAGAUUUAAAAACAACCAUUAUUGUCAUCGCCUACUCUUGCAGGUGCUGUAGCCUGCAUCUUGCUCAAUGCAUGCUGGGAACUGGUUAAUCCAGUGUACCCAGUUUCACCACUCGCUCCUGAAACAGCCUGUAAUCUCAUCAUCACAUGAAAGUAUCACUCUGGUGCCACUUCCUGGUGUGACUGGGCCUUGAUGUUAUCAGAAAACCUCGAUUCACGCAACAGAUACUGGCAUUACAAGUACACAAUGUGUGCGCAGCAGAGUUACAGGGAAAGAUGGAAAGAAAUAGAUUAAAUGAAAUAAAACAAAUUUAAAAAAAACAACAACCUAGUUACAGUAAUGUGUAGACAGCGAGCCCUUUAAACAUUUAAUCAGUAGUGGUAAUAAUGAGAGAUAUCAGCAACCACUUUGUGACCAGUUAGAAUUACUGGCCAACACAUCCAUAAUGUAAAAUUAAGAUAUCUAUAACUUAAUUACAAGUCGUCAGCUAUAACCAUUGAUUUCUAUUAAAACUCAGUUACAGAUAUCCCAGGUUCAGUUUUGAUGUUAUAAUUCCAGAUCCACAUAUCCAUAAUGUGACUUUGACUAGCUGCAAAUCUAGUUAAGGAUAUUAACAGUUCAUUUAUUACGAGUGGAAAUAUUUAUCAGGAUAUUUGUAACUUGAUUACAAUUUGUCAACUUUUACCAUUGACAUCUGUAACCGAUCCCAAAUCCAAAAUCAUCAUAUCGAUAAUGUAAUUUAAAUUGUUGCCAUUAUGAUGAAGAAUAUCAACAGUUUAUUUCUCGCUGUAGGAAAAGUUCAUGGUGAAUAUCUGCAACUUCAUUACCACCAGUCAACUUUCACCAUUGACUUCUAUUCAGAAUCAGUUGCAGAUAUCUGUAAUUAAAUUUUGACACGUCGUAAUUCCAAAUUAACACAUCCAAAAUGUAAUUUUGAAUAGUUGCAAUUCUGACUAGUGAAAAUGUUCUUUGUAGAUAUCUGUAACUUAAAUACAACUAGUCAACUUUUACCACUGACUUCUAUCUCUUCUGAACUCAAUUACAGAUAUCUGUGAAUCAAUUUUGACGUGUUAUAAUUCCAAAUCAUCAUAUCGAUAAUGUAAUUUAAAUUGUUGCCAUUAUGAUGAAGAAUAUCAACAGUUUAUUUCUCGCUAUAGGAAAAGUUCAUGGUGAAUAUCUGUAACUUCAUUACCACCAGUCAACUUUUACCAUUGACUUCUAUUCAAAAUCAGUUACAGAUUUACAAAUUUUGACACAUCGUAAUUCCAAAUCACCAUAUCCAAAAUGUAAUUUUGAAUAGUUGCAAUUCUGACUUGUGAAAAUGUUCUUUGUAGAUAUCUGUAACUUAAAUACAACUAGUCAACUUUUACCAUUGACUUCUUUUCAAACUCAAUUACAGAUGUAAUUCCAAAUCGACGUAUCCAUAAUGUAAAUUUGACUAGCUGUAAUUCUUGUUAAGGAUAUAAACAACUACUUUCACACUAGAGGAAAUGGUUAUUGUAGAUGUCUGUAACCAGUCAACUUUUACUAUUGACUUCUAUCUCUUCUGAACUCAAUUACAGAUAUCUGUGAGUCAAUUUUGACGUGUUAUAAAUCUAAAUCGACAUAUCCGUGAUGUAGUUUUGAAUUGAAUUUUAUAUAUCGAGAAUUCCAUUUGUAAUAUCUGUAUUUUAAGCUUAGUGGUAGAAGUCAACAGUUGCCAUAACAACCACUAAAAAAAUUAAUUGUUUAUAUCAAGAAUUAACUAAAAUUGAGUUGAAGAUAUCAAUCUGAAUUGCAAGUAGUCAAAAUUACAUUAUGGAUAUGUCAACUUUGAAUUAUAACAAGUCAACAUUGAAUUACAGAUAUCUGGAACUGAGAUAGAAUACUGUGAUAGAACUGUGAUAGAAGUCAAUGGUAAAAAUUGACUAGUUGUAAUUUAGUUAGACACAUCUAUAAAGAACAUUUCUACUAGUAACAGUUGAAUUGUAGAUAUCUUUAAUUAAAAUUGCUCAAAAUAAAAUUAUUGAUAUGCCGGCUUGGAACUGUAAAUAGUAAGAAUAAAUACAAUCGUAACUUUUUCCACAAGUGGAAAUUAAAUUUUUUUUUAUCACUGAAAAAGGAUCUAAACUAAUCUUAAACAAAAUUAACGAUAUCUUUAAACUAGUUUUGACAAGUUGAAAUGUAAAAAUAUAUUUGUAAUGUGUUACAUUUGAUUGACGGAUAUCUUAGAUUAACACGACAAAAAUCAUUUUCACUUUUCAGCCCGACUGAUUAAAUGUUAAAAAGGUUUGCUGCCGUAGACGAGCGUUAACUCUGAUCAGUCGUAUUGACUGGUAAAAUAUUGAUCAGAGGUCAAACUGAUUUAUCAAUGUGAUCUCGUGGGGAGGGGGGGGGGGGGGGGUUAUUUAUUUACUACAAUUUAAUUAAUAUUUAUUAAUCCAAUCUUCAUAUUUACUACGAUGUGGAGUUCAUACCGUAUACUUGAACGUGUGUGUGUGUCUGUGUGUUGUAUGUAGCAGUGUGUGUGUGCGUGUAUGUGUGUAGACGUUACGAGAGGUUGUCUUAAAGCUUGUUCCCUCACACACAAAAACACACACACAUAUAUAUAUAUAUAUACAUAUAUAUAAAUAAAUAUCAAUGUAAACAAAACUGUACCUGAACGCACCCACAGGAAGUCGAGUCAUAUGGGGACGAGGAUGAAGAGGAGGAGGCAGAGGGGGAGGAUGUGCUGUCGGCUUGGCAACCGUGAUGCACUGUAGCACAUGGGACGACAAUGAGGUGAUGCACAGAAGGACCUGAUGAUGUAAAACACACAGACACUACCUGCUCCGCCCAUCUCAGGGGGGCGGUCCUCUCUGAUGUUUAUUUGUUUGUUUUCUAAAGAUUUGAUUGGUUGGUUGGUUGAUUGUGUUUUUUAAUUUUUUUAAUUUUUUUAGAGUGCUGAGAGUCGUAACUUUGUGCCUUCAGUAUCUCAUCGCCAUGACCACGCCCACCCAGCACACACACACACACACACACACACACACACACAUUUACAGUGGCGAUGUCAUGGCAACAAUAUAUUUAACAAAAAAAUGAUUUAGUAUCUUUUUGGUGCGACUCACGAUGAUGUCAUGACAACUCAUGUCAAAGUGAGUUUCGGCGGCCAAAGUCUGCGUGCUGAUUGGCUCCUGGUUUGUUUCAGCAAAGCCCAAAGACACCAUGUGAACCCCCCGUGACCUCUGACCUCUCCCACACCCUCGAGAAAAGUGUGACCAUGCAGUGAUAAGAGAACAGCUGUAAAGGCGUAAGAAAGAGUUAAUCAGAUUCAUUAGUUAAACAGUAACGAAGAUGCUACAGAAGUAUGAGGAGAAUAUUCGACUUUGAUUGGCUGAAGGUUGUUUCAAGGUGGCAUCCUGAAUCUGGACUUUAAAAAAAAGACGAAACAUUUGAAGAAUUGAGUUACAGAGAAAUGGUAACGAUAAUCCGCAGGUUGGUUGUGCCAACACUUUGUGUCUGUUGAUAUUAUAUGAAUUAAAGUGGCCAUGGUGUAAACCUCAGUCCAGUCUGUCUGCAAGACGACAUCAUCAAAUAGAAACUAGUGGAACAAUGUUUUAAUGCUCUCUGUCGCACCUUUUAUCAACAGGAGGCUGGAUACUUCAUUAUUCCAGUUGUCUUGAAUGCAGCGUGAAUAGCAGCUGGUAAAGGGAGUGUUGUAUGGAAGCCCAUUACUGCCAGGAAAAGACAAAAAUUAAUGACGUUAGGAAGGAUAAAAAUAAACACUCAAAUCAAAAUCAUGACAUGAUGUAACAAGGUUCGUUUGUCAUUUUACAACACGACGUCAACAUGACAUCAGAAAGACGUUGGACUCUAAAGUCGGACAGACGUUAAAUUUUGGUCGGAGUGAAACCAGUGUGACGAUAUUUUAAUUUUUUAACAUUUGAAUUUCACAUGUUGUGGAUGUUCACACAUUUAGACUUUUUUUUUUCUCCAUACCUUUCGACCAAAUGUGAUAAUUCUACGUCAAGAUGGUGUUAGCUUUAGACGUUUGGAAGACGUUGGAUUUUGUUACUUAACAACACAACUUAAAACCAACAAAAUAAUGUCAUGUAUCAGUUGACAUUGGCAUUAGAUAUCUUGACUUUGAAUUUUGGUCAUCUGACGUCACAACCUAAAGGUGACAACAAAGCGUCUAAAGACGUUGGUGGUCAGCUGGGUUAACGCUCAAAUCCAUCAGUUAUUUUGAUUUGCUAUCAUCAUUUUCAGCCAGAAAUUAAAAAGUCACAACUAUCUCAUUUAUACUUAGAAAAUCAAAAUAUUGUCUCAGUAUCUCAUAAUUUUGACUUGCGCAUUUUUUAUCGUCACUCCUAACAGUUCGUUAUUUUUAAACAUUUUUUGGUAGAAAUGAGCUUCUGUAUUGUUUACAGAGCCAGCAGAGCAGGCCAACGCACCAACCACCGAUUGUAGCUUUAAACUGAUGAACACCGACAUCAAGUGUUUGUGUGUGUGUGUGUGUGUGUGUGUGUGUGUGUGUGUGUGUGUAUGUGUGUGUUGAGGUGAAGGGGGGGGGGGGGUGUAAAACAUGGCUGCACAAUGUACAGACACAUAUCAGCCAACUGUCGCCUCGGGGACAGACGGGCGACGACGCCUGCUGACGACAGGGCUAAGCUAACACUAGCCGAUCGCCCGCUAGCGUCCAGCCGCUAGCUGCUGCACUGACGUUUGUUUUCUCUACAGUGAAGCUAACACUAGCCUACUGCUAACUGACUGCUAGUAGCACAUAGCAAGUUUAUACCUGCUAGCUGUUAGCAUUAAUGUGGUUUUAAAGGUUUUUUUUUUUCAUGUUGGUACCUCAGACUGCUCAGUUAUCAUUGUUAUUAUUAUGAUUAUUACUGUUGUCAUUGUUGUGACUAACACCCAGGGCAUUUGGUUGAAUCUACCAAAGUGCAUUCCUUUACAAAGCUAGCUGAGAGCUAGCCGCUCAAACAGACAGACAGGUGGAAGGUAAGACAGGAAGCAAAAAGUACGUGAGUAGAGGGGCAACAAGAGGAGAAGCUGCCUUUCAGAUCAUAAGGCCCUGUCCAUGUGAAUACAGACAUGUUUGAAAAUGGAUAUUUUCUCCGUCCAUCCACAUGACUUUGUUUUUAGAAAAUAUCUCCGUCCACCCUAGAACACCAAACAACUCCAAAGUCUCAGAUAAAGGCUACGUCAACAAUGCAUCAAAUACCAGAGAAGAAGAUCUGGAGCAUGUGUAGUGGUAGAUCAUAGAAUGUGGUCACGAGCAUCAAGCCCCCAGGAACCACAGACCUUAUUUCAGACAUUUAACCAAAAACCCAUUGAUUUGAAGACGAGGGCACCAAGAGUGCUAACAUGCUAACAUGCUAACUCAUUUCUGGGUUUUAAGGACUCAUUUCUUAAGCACUCUCUAUAGUUACCCUACGAUAACACGGGCAAACUGCGCUAGCAUCAACACAGACUGUUAUUCAAACCCGCUAAGAAGUGACAUUGUAGUGAAUGAAUAAAUAUUAAGCCAAACGCAGCAAUAAUCUAUUUAAUAAUCCAUCAUAUGUGAAGACGUGACUCAUCUCAUAAGAUACAAGAAAUAACCCCAACCCUCACUUUUAACUUAACCCUUGAGAGCUAGUUCCGUAGCUUCGAAGAAGGCUAGCUAGCUACCUAAGCCAGCUACAUGCUAGCUUAAGUGUUGAUGCUUGUGAGGUAUGCUAGUUUUGUUCAGUGACUACAUUCUAGCAUCUACCUUUUGACACCUAUUUUGGUCAACAUCUUUCUGAUACACGGCCCACGAGGCUACAGCGAAACAAAACGUGUGAACAGACAACAUGGUGGAGUUGUCGUCAACAAUCUGAUAGUCUGCUAUUGUUGUUUGCAAAUAAAGGAGAGGAUGUUAUCAACGCUCUGUAUCCAGUUUUGCAAAGUCUUAGAAGGCAUUUUCAAAAAUCUCUGUUUUAGUGACAUUAAACUGUUUGUGAGGAUGUAGAGGAAAAUAUCUGUUGUCAGGAGUAUUUGUAGACGUGUCGACGGGGCCUCAGGAUGAAAGGAGAACAUGUGAUAGUGUUUUGUUUUUUAAAAAGUUUAUUAUUAACAGGCUGCAUUCACACAGGAACAUGAAGUCUGGUUGAACUGACCUCUUGGUAGCAUUCAGAGAAAAAUAAUUUUUCUGCUCACGUGUGAAAGCACCUGUAGCCUAACUAGCCUGCUAGCUUGUUACCAUGCUAGCCAGGUAGCCUACUAGCUUGUUAGCCAUUUUCGCUUCUAUCGGGAGGUCUCCGUUAGCCGCUGUUAGCGUGAAGCUGCGCUGUAUUUCUGUGACGUUUGCCAGCUGGGUUUUAUUGUGGAUUUUAUCUGUAAAUAAUGUGGAAAAAAAUGUUUGAAUAAUGAAUUUUUUGGGGUUGAAUGCGCUGCUGUGCCACGCCGCGGCCAGUUUUACAACGUACUGUAUCUACUGUACAGAACACAGAAGUCGACACUUUUCUAGUGAGCCUUUGUUAAAUUUUAUUGUGGUGGAAAAAAUUAUUAUUAUUAUUAUUAUUAUUAAUAAAACAAUUUUAUUGUU